AAAAUUAUAAAUGUGAAUAAUGUCGCGUCGGCGCUUGACGGUUGAUGGUAUUAACUACGAAAACGGGCACACAACGCAGACGCUAAACACAAACGCUUUCGAAGCAGGCGCAAUAACACGUCAAAAAGGCGGCGGCAGGCGACAUUAUGUAGACGACAAUUAUGUGGCGCAAUAUAGCAACCGUGGUGGUAGGCAACAGCACUACGUGAGCGAUGAACGCAGUUAUGCUACUUAUCAUAACUCGAGUUACGCACAUAACAGUGAUAGUACCGAUGCGCAGACGGAGCGUGACACCGAAACCACUGUUACGACAAGCAGCAGUAAAGAUAGGCAGAGAAAACGAAAGAAUCAACGCCGUAGGACGCGAACAUACGAUGACUCGGUAUAUAAAGCCGUUGAUGAAUGCGACUACAAGCAGCGCAAAAAUGCGGCAGACACCAAAAAUUGUCAAAAUCAAGUGCCACGAUCAAGAGCAGGCGAACAAAGUGGCACUUAUUUGGAAGAUGCUGUUAACUAUGCAGCAAAUAAAAGUAUGCCAACGAAUGCCGCAACUAUUAAUGAAAACACUGGCACCACGAAGGAAAUGUUGAGAUUUAUGGAUAAGUUGUUUCGAACUUUGGGUGAUGUGAAGAAUGUAACGACAACAAAUAGUAUUGCACCGACGACACGGCGGGCCAAUGCUUCAAAGCUGCCAAAAAUUAACGAAAAUACGAGUAACACAAAUCAAGGCGAACCAAAUGAUGCGCGUUUUGGCAUGCAUUUGCCGCAGCAAAUAGUUUAUCAAACGCAUAUAACGCACGUACCCACGCAGAACACGCAUUAUGCAACUUUGAACAAGAAUUCCCUGUACGCACAAAAUGCGCAAGCUGAAAAAACAUUUGGUAAAUGUGUGCAACAAGCAGAAUAUCGUCAAAUACCCGAAUUGGCAACAACAGCAACUGCGCAGCCACACGCUCGUGUACCGGAAAAAGCGCAACCGGCGCAAUUUACAACACAACGCUAUGCGUUUCCGCAAUAUCCGUGCGUAACUUACACACAACCGACACCAUUAACGCUUGGUGCAGCCAUGCCGCAAGCGUGUAUGCCUGACGCAAGCAGACAACACAUAGCAUACGUUCCACCACCAACAGCCGCAGCAACGCAGGCCUCGAUACAAACCUUACCGCCAGGCAUGUAUAAAUCUCACGUCGAGGAAUAUGUGCGCACACGCACGCCGCAAGUGCCGGCGUUACAAAAGACAUCGCCUACUAUACAAUCGCUGGAACACUCGGACGUGCCAUCGCAGUUCAAUACAAACCAGCAAUCUUUCAUAACACAACAACCGUUUAUAGCAGAGGGUAGAAAGCAAAAUACCGAUUUCAGUUUGCUCAGAAAUUCACGUGAGCACGCACACCAGAUCAGGAAGCCAGCAAGUGCGUCAAACCAAUAUGUAACGCUCAAUGAUGGCACCACUAUUAGCGGAACUGCCAGCAACAACAAUGAGCUGCGUUACAACGGGUUCCAACAACAGUACGCAAGAGUAGAAAAUUCGGUUGAAGAAGCUGUGAAAUUAAAGCGAACUGUGCAAGCUUAUAACGUUGCGGACAUUGAAAAUAAAGCGAACGAAAGCAGCACAAUUGAGCAAGAAGAAACGAAGCAUAUAAAUAGCGAAACUUUGGAAGACGAAGCAAACCAUGGCAAACGAAAGGACGAGCAAAUUAAAGCGAACGGCGGAAGUAGCAAACCACUAACAGAAAAAGCGAGUCGCAGGAGCAGAAAAGGCGAGCGCACGAAAACUAACCGCGAAGGUAAAAGUGAGCAAGUUGGAGCUAACAAAAAAUCUAAAACGAACGCAGAAAGCAAGUACAGCAACAAAAGAGAGAGCACACCCGAAACGAACUCAACUCGGAGUACAGAUAACGAAAUGCAGAGAAAAACUUCAAGUAGCAGCAGUAACAGCGAUUAUUUACGUGAAUGCUUACGCAGAAAACGCGCAAAGAAUAAAAACAAAAGAAAAAAUCAACGUCACGGCGAUUCUUUUAGUGACAGCGAUUGUGAUGAAACGUCUAACGGUUACUCGGAAUACAGUAGUAACAACAGAAGCGACACGCGCCGCAAGCGCCACGCAAAGUAUGCGCGCACGGAUAGCGAGAGCGGCGAUAAUAUGCAAUACAGUCUAAGUAGAACCUCAUGCAAAGAACUUAAAAAAUGUUGCAGUCGCAUAGUGGCGAUUUGUCGUAUGGCUAGAGACACAGCCGGCACACAGACGGAACAAUGGGAGGACGGCGCGUCCCUGCAGCUACAGCGAUCCAACAAAUUGGCUGAUGGUUUGCCAAAAAGCAUAGCAGAUGGCUUGGCAGCGGCGCAUCCAAGAGUUGCGAAACGCAUUAUGCCGCUAAAUCGAGAUAGAAGAAAGUGUAGAGUUUGCGCCUGUGGUAUGCUGGACGAAACUGGCGCGCCGGUAGUGAAGGACGACAUGUAUAUAUUAAAAUUUGACGACAACGAACCCAAGUUACCCGCGCGUAUGUGCAGGGAACGUAGGUCACGCUGCACAUGCAAUUGCGGUUGCAAUUUGUCGGAUACGGAAUCGGAAAUCAUAAGAGAGAUAUUAAGAAAGAAGCGUUUGCAAGAGAAAUCAAAGCGUAUAAAUGCGCUAAGACAGAACAAGUAUGACUCAUGUGAUUGUUAUACGGCUUGUGACUACGUGGAUGAAGAAGAUGAACGAGAGUUUAUCGCGAGCUUGCUAAGAAAGCAGCGCAGGGAGCGAGAUCGCGAAAGAGACCGAACACAAGCACAAAAUAUGUAUGAAGACUGCGUAUGCGAUUGUGCUUCGAAAGCUAAGGAGCUAGCCGCAGAGAUUAUGCAUGAGAUGGUUAAAAGUCACAUACAGAAAAUUGUCACAGACGAAUUAGAGCAUAAAACACGUUUACAGGAAAAUCAGAAAGGAGUUGAGAAUGCUUCUCGUGCUGGUGUAUGCACUUGUGAUUCUGAUGAAAGCCCAACAGUCAGGCCUAAAAGUGAGAGAAUGAAACCACAAGCCGGUGUAUGCACUUGUGAUUCUGAUGAAAGCCCAACAGUCAGGCCGAAAAGUGAGAGAAUGAAACCACAGAUGUUUGAAUGUACUUGUGAAUCAGACGACAGUCAACCACCAGCACCUAAAAGUGAGAGAAUUGUUCCACAAUCUGGUGUAUGUACUUGCGAAUCAGACGAAAUUCCAAUAGUGGUACCUAAAAGUGAGAGAACGAAACCAAGAAAUUCCGAAUGCACUUGCGAUCCAAUCGAAAGCAGAACAAUAACGCAAACAUUCACGCGAACUAUAGAACUGCAAAAUGGAGGCGGCACCAAAAACGAAAUGGCUAGUCCGAAGCGACUCAGCAACGACAGUCCAGAGCUGACAAAAAAUAAGAGAAAAACGGUUAAGAAACAAAGCAGAAAUAGCAAGCGCAGUAAGUCAGCUGAAGACAACGAAGAGGAAUAUACAACAUUUAUGCAAAACAAUAUGGCAACAGAACGUAAAAGUGAUGCGAGCUCGAAGGAUGUAGUAAGUAAAAGCAAGCAAGGGAGUAAAAGAAAUUCGCAGAGUUACAGCGACAAAAAUGCUAUAGAUCCACAAGUCAGCGACAGCAGCAGCUCAGUGGAGCGUCCAAGUUUAGGUAUACAUAAAGACAAAUCAAACCAGUUGGAAAACUUUAAAAGAAAUUCGAUAAAAAAGAGCGUUGACGAGGAGUAUAUGCCCUCCAGUUACUAUGAAGACCGAAUACAGGCACAGAGAAAAAUUACGGUUAAGACGUAUCAAGCAGGACCACCCAAACCUACAAAGAAUGAGCUGAAAAGGUGUAGGGAUGAUUGCGCUUGUAAAGAGACUGCCACACAACCAAAAACUUUUAGAACAACCAAAGCAAAGAAAGACUUGAGAACUUGCAGAGCAGAUUGUGCCUGUAAACAAGCAAUUGAGCCGGCCUUUAACGGCGUAGCGGAGUAUGCUUUAAGUAAUGCUAAAAAUAAGGAGCGUACAAUGUUGCCUGAGUAUAAUAACAGCGAUGAACAUAACUCGCUCAGAGCCGACAGUGGCGACGAAUCAAUUCAUAAACUGAUCAUAGACAUAAAAGCAAGUAAGAAAGCACAUGCGACCAUACCAGGCCAUCCGAAGUCUAAACAAAAUGCCGAACGCAAUACGCAAGCAAGCUUAGACAGCGAAGCGCAAAGCUCAGAUACUGGCAUGCUUUUGGAACAAAGAGCGGCACUUUGCGCCGAACUGACCAUGAACGAGCUGCUGCCACAGCACUCGCUGCGUACACUGCUUACCAAACUCUCCAGUCCGGAUGGUAAACUCUACAACGCAGAUGCGUUCAAUGCGCAGCCCGAAGAAAGCUUGCGUUUAGCUAAAAUUAAUCAAAGUAAAAUGUUAAAUAUGCCAAGAACUGGUAAAAAAAUGCUCAGUCCUACUACAGUAAUGACACAAUCUUUGCGCUUAAGUGGUAAACAAUCGAAGUCUGCAACAGAUACUGAGGGGGCACCGUCACAACUAGUUAGUGGAAACCGACAACUGAAGCCGCCUGUUGUUUGCACACCAUCUACGUCAGAGAGUUGUGGGCUCAGUGCGGUUGAAAGCGCGCUUCAACAACAAAAACACAACAAACGGCAUGUCACAAACCAACAAGACGGAUUCAGCAAUAAAUUUGCUAGGAAAUCGCGUAUACCUUUACCCGUGUAUAGUAACACUUGCCGGGCUGAAAACCAAACCAAAUUAGUAGCGAAGAGCUCAAGCGCGGAGAAGCGCGCAAAUCAACGACCGCUUAUUGACCAAAAGAGCGAUUCGAAUCAACAGAUUACACGACUGUGGCCGGAGCAAGCCGCCAUAGCAGCACAACGCUUACGACAGGAGAAGACAGUCAACGCCUCUAACGAACACUUACUGGAUGCCAAACAAAUUAAAAAAUCGCAAUCCAACAUAGAGCGCAGUUGCGGUUUUAAUUACAGUUCGACGCGUCCGCGUUUGGAAAGCGGCAGGCAUGAGGAAUCACCGAAACUUUCGAGUCAAGAGUCACAGAUCUCAGCGAUAUCGCAGCUGAAAACGGAAAAUACGAAGAAAGUUUGCAGCAACUUAAACGCCGAGAAUACGCAGUUAAAAAUAUUGAAUAUACUCUCAGCCGCAAAUCAGUGUGCUACAAGCUCGAGCGGACGCUCCAGUGAGUCCUGCAAAACUGACGACUCACAAACACAAAACGAACAGCGUUGCGCACGUUGUAGAGCUUUUUAUAAGAAAACAGGCGCACAUCAAAAUAUCAAAGAGCUGCAAGAGAACGCAAAGAGGCGCAUAAAUUAUGUGCCACAAACGCGUCGCAGUACGACGUUUAUACCAGCGACAAUACACGCCACCACACCCAUAUCGGAUGAUGAGCAAACCGAUUCGGAUAUAGAAUGUAUUACAGUGGAGUAUAGUGGCAGCGAUGGUGAUGACAGCUACACGCAAUACCAGGAUGAGUUGCUAAGAAAACAGCAAUUAUGGCGCAAGGGCACGGUUAAAGAGGCGCUUGAAGUUGAGGAGAGAGCCGAGCGCGUUAGAAAUCUGCAGCGUACCACGCUAACCGGCGAAAAUUUAGAACGCGCCAUACACUAUCCGACACGCGUGUGGAACGAGGAGCGCAAGCAGCUCAAUUUACAGCGUAAUGGCGUUGGCAUCUUUCUGCCGCUAUAAUUAUUAUUAUUUUUAUUUUUUUGAUUUUGCUCGAGUGAAAACUUGAAGGGAGUUAGUAAGCACUUUUCUACAUAUGCUGCAAGCUUGUUAUUGUUAUGUGCGAAAUGUGCAAUAAGACAGAUUGUGACAAAUCGUGUCAAAUAGGUAUUAAGACGUUUCAAUGAAAAGUUUUUACAAAUCCACAUAACAGUAAGAGCUAUAAGCAUAUGAAACAGUUCACAUAUUUGUAAUUAUGCGUUUGAAAAAAUACAAUAAAAAAUUUCUACUCGUAUGCGCUUUUUUGCCCCCCCUACUAACCAUCUGACUAACAAUACAGUAUGAGCGAACAGUCUCAGCCAAGCGGAACGCACAAAAAGUGCUUGAGCGUUCAUGUAACUUACCUAGAACCAUGCUCGUGACUUCAACGACGCAGUGACUCCAGUGGAACGCUUGAAGUGGCAUAUUCUAUAGGCAACUAGUUUACUAGAUGAAGAAAAUCAUUUUAAGUAUCAUAAGAAAAAAUCGUCCAUAGCAGUAGCUGCAAGAGCUUAUGAAACUGAGCGCACGUUUUUUUACAAAAAUUGUACUUUCUGAACACCCUGUGUAAACUGCUAUAACGACAAACGAUCUCUGGCUACAUUUAUAAUAUUUGUUUACAGACGAUUUUUGAGCACGUCUUCACUUCAACAGAAAGUUUUCCAAAAAAAAUAUUCAACGAAAUUUAUCAUAAAAAAACUUUGUGCAAGCAUAAAAACGCGUAAUUUCAAUUCAAAGAAGCACUGAAAAUCACAUUGUGGGUCUUAACUUUCCAAAAAUGGAGUAUUUGCCAAUUUUCAGCGGCGGUUUACCCAAACGGUCUAAUAGCAGGCAACUAAACGCCAAUGCUACGAUACAGAAUAGAAGUAUGUGUUGGCGCAAUAAAAAUAAGCUGCAGAGGACCUUGUCCGUCGUCGAAAUGGAAUAUUAUCGUAACGCCAGUAGUGCUAUCUAUUUGCCGCACAAUUUAAGCGCUGUGGAUAUGUUCAAACAAGAACCCAGCACGAAGAUCUUACCGGCUUUCAUGUUACCUAACUCAAAUCCAACGAAGAAGAAACCACAACGCCGCCGAAAACGAAGACUUUUUGUUUAAGAAAUGUCUAUUUGAGGGGCAAGGGAAAGUCGCUCGCAUGGAAGGCGGUCCUUUUGGCAAUAACAUUUUUAUAUUUUUUUACACAAUUUGAAAAUAGCACAAAAUUUGCAGGACUCACUGACUAUAACCGCUUUCGAAAACAUGCGCAGUUGAGACAACUGUGUUUUAGCCGGAAAAUAAAUAAAUGUGAGAAAUUUGAAAUUAA